AUGCCGGCCUGUGGUGCCUGUCGCAAAGCAGGGGCAAACUGCGUGGGUGGAGGAACAUCUCGCGACAUCCCUCGAAGCUAUGUGCACGACCUGGAGGCCCGGGUGGCCUGGCUGGAGUCCAUCGUGCGGGAACAUGCCCCCAGCGUCGACCUCAGCAGCGGACCACAUUAUCAGUCACUAUCCUCUGGCCGUACACCCCCGGGGCAGCGAGCGAACGAGUCCACAAGUAGUAGUCUGCCACAGCCUCCACCACACCAUCCAGAUGGAGGUACCUACGAGGCCUAUUCUCCCGAAGACGACUCCCUCAGCGACAUUACUCACCAGAUUGGCCUCGUCUCGGUCACCACGGGGGCGGAUCUCCGCUACCUGGGCCCGUCCAGCGGCUUGUUCUUCACCAAAUUCGUCCUAGCAGGGCUGGGACCGAGGGUCCGGGUCGAGAAGCAGAAUUCGCCCGAUCCCACGAAAGAUUGCCUCUCCAUCCCUGCUGAUCUUUUGGUGGUGAGACCCCAAGAACUGCCCUCGGACCAGCGACACGCGCGGUGGUUGUCGCAGGCGUACUUCGAAACCGUCCACCUGCAAUUCCCCUUCCUGCACGAACCGACCUUCCUAGGAAUCCUCGACAGACUGUAUGACGGCGUCGACGUUGGCCCGGCAUGCGAAUUUCAGGUCUUCAUGGUCCUCGCCAUCGGGGCGACCAUCCUGGCCCGUCGCGCAAAGAUCCCUCUGUGUGCUGAAGGCUACUGCGCGUCUGCCAUGACGCGGCUCGAGGGUAUCUUCCAGAGGGCAUCUUUUACUGGCGUCCAGUGCGUCUUGCUUCUGCAGAUGUAUGCUAUGAACAAUCCGUCCUCGGGUUUGAGCUUGUGGUCGCUCCAUUACCACUGUCUGGCAUGGACGAUUGAGCUGGGUCUGCAGCGCAAUGCUCCCGGAAACACCUUUUCCCUGCCUCAGCAAGAGAUGCGAACUCGGGUCUUUUGGUGUGUCUACACGAUCGACCGCGCCCUGUGUACUCUCAUGGGAAGACCCCUUGGGUUGAUGGACGAGCAGUGCGACCUGAGGUUACCCCUAGAUAUCAACGACGAAGAUCUUGACUCGAGUCAUCCCCAGUCCGUUCACAGUGACACUUCCCUGACCACCAUGUCCACCGCUAUUCACCUCUACAAACUCGCGAGACUCAACUCUGAAAUAAAAGCCGUCCUGUACUGCACCGGUCGAACACACGCGCCAUACACGGCCCCGGCCAUGGCCGAUAUCGUCCGAUGGAAAGAGGAUAUACUGAAUCGACUGCGACAGUGGAAAGUGGAGAUCCCACGACAUCCACAAGGCAGCGAAAGAUAUUGCGUCAACCAUCUCUGCGAGAUUAAAUACCACGAGCUGAUCAUGCUGGUCCUGCGACCGAACCCGGUUUUCCAGCAUCCUACCAAGGACGCCCUCCGCGAAUGCUUCGCCAGCGCCAUGCGGUGCAACAACCUCUACUACGAGCUCUACGCCUCCAACACGCUCCAUUACAGCUGGAUUAGCGUGCACUCGCUGUUCCUAUGCGUCAUCACCAUGUUCUACUGCGUCUGGACCUCCCAGGGGAUUGCAGACGAGGUGGACGUCGACGGUCUGACCCGGGCGCUCAAGUCGACCUCCGACAUCCUCAGUGCCACGGGGGAGUAUUGGCCCGAGGCGCGCCGGAGCCGUGAUGUGCUGGACCGCAUCGCAGCGGCGACCAUGUCACGCUUUCCCAUGAGAGUCAGCGAGACAACGAGACAGAGCGGCAAAGUCAAUCCCAGACCACCACCGACGCCGCCCGUCUCCUCGAACUUGGGUAUAUUAGAUCCUCCACCAACCGCCGUACCUCAGAACAUGAACCUCGUCACCCCACCGGACUUCCAGGCGCUGCAGUUUGGCAACGGAGAUUUCGGCAUGGGUCACAUGUCCCCCGUGUACGAGACGCAGGCUGACGCCUUCACCACCACCGACAUGCUGUCGUACUUUAUGGGGUCGGGGGGAGACGGGACUGCGAACAAUGCACAGAUAAUGGGCGAGUACUAUCCCAGCGUGGACGACGUGAUGCAGAAUUUCCUCGGGGACGGGUUUCGGGAUUUCGGGCAGUAUCAGGGCAUGAAUGUGAUGGUAUGA